AUGAUGGUUGGGAAGAACUCAUCCCAAGAUAUCUGGCAGGCCCUUGAGUCCAAUUUCUCAGGACAAUCCAAGGCAAGGCUGAUGCAGUUCAAACUGCAGCUUCAAACUUUGAGGAAAGGCACUAUGUCUAUGAGAGAGUUUCUGUCUCAAGUGAAAGCUUGUUGUGAUGCCCUGGGAACUGCAGGUGAACCAGUUAGUGAAGCAAACCACAUCUUGCACAUCCUUGGAGGUCUUGGAGCUGAAUACAAUGCAGUGGUAGUAGCAGUCACCACCAGAAUAGAACCUUACACACUAAAUGAGGUUUAUGCCAUGCUGCUGAGUUUAGAGUCAAGAAUGGACUUCACCUCUCAACCCUCAGUCAAUAUUGAUGGGUCAAACCCCUCAACACACUUUGCUUCCCAGGGAGGAACCAACAACAACAACAACUUCAGCAAGACCUCUGACACUUCUAUGAGGUCAAUAAAAAAUGUGUUGGAAAUAGAGUUCCAAAGAGUAUUCAAUAUUUCCUAG